GUAUUAGGCAUUAGCACUGAGAAUGACACAUGAGAUGUUGGAAGCUAUUAGGUCUAAAGUGGGGAAGGAAACUCAAAAGCACCAGUACGGGAAUGCUCUCUUCUGGGCUGACAAAGCCAUCUCUCUAGGGGGAGGAGACCCUAAAGACAUCUUCACGUUUGUGAACUUAUUAUACCUGCGAGGGGAGUACCACAGAGCUGAGUACUUUAUUCAAACCAACAGACUUCAUGUCACUUUCUACGGAGCUUACCUCAUAGCCAAGUGCCAGGCUGCUAGAGGGGACUGGAACGAAGCUAAGGACACGUUGGAGGUUCUACCUGAGCCCUCUCCUCUUGCUCCCCCUCCCUUAUAUACUGUAGGAGUAAUGACGGAGCAGGAGUUGAUGGCGAGUGUGUAUCUACUAAAGGGGACUGUGUUUCAAGCUUUAGAUAACCACCAGUUUGCUGCUCAGUGCUUCAAACUCGCUCUCAAGGAGGACCCGUAUUGUGUGGAAGCAUACGAAAACCUGGUCUAUAAUCAUUACUACACCGGGAAAUGUGAGGAGGAGAUAAUAUCAGAUACUAUAGACAACUCAGAUGAUCUGACUACAGAAGAAGCUGACUUGAUCCGGUUUUUGUACUCAGGAAUGUCUAAAAAGUACCACAACCAACAAAAACAGGUAGUGCCCAAUACACUGACCUGUUUUAGUAACAACGUCACUGUGCUCACCUCCCAAUCUGAGAGACUCUACUACAAUUGUCGCUUCAACUCAUCCUACGAGACUUGUCUCAGGGCACUGAAGAUAGACCCCUACCAUUUCCCCACAUUACUAGUACACAUUGGCUGUUUAUAUGAGCUGGGAAAGAAGAACGAUCUCUUUAUCCUCGGCCAUAAGUUAGUAGAUUUGUACCCGAAAGCCUAUAUAUCGUGGUACGCAGUUGGUAUUUACUACUCAUUAAUAAAGAAGUGGGAGUCAGCUAGGCAGUGUUUAUCUAAAUCUACCAGCUUGAACAAGUUGUUCGCAGCUGGAUGGCUUGCUUACGGGCACGCUUUUGCAGCGGAGGGUGAAAAUGACCAGGCUCUUGCUACAUACUUCACUGCUAGUCGCCUACUAAAGGGGUGUCAUCUUCCUCUACUUUACAUUGGGUUGCAGUACGGUAGCACCAACAACCCUCUACUAGCGGAGAAGUUCUUCAAAGAAGCGAAGGAGUUAGCUCCGCAAGAUCCUUUUGUACUUUCUGAGAUGGGAGCUCUGUAUACUCAGAUCGGAAAAUACGAAUACGCUCUCUCAUACUUACAGCAGGCGUUAUCUAAAGUGAAGGACGGAGAGCACGAGUGGGCGGCUGCCACCUGGUCCCCUCUGUAUAUAAACCUGGGUCAGGUGUACAGGAUACACAAACAGUACGUUCAGGCUAUCAAGUGCUUCAAGCAUGCACAGUUCCUCGCUUGUGACAGUUCUACUGUAUACACUGGUCUAGCAUUUGUGUACGCACUACAAGGAAAUGCGCUGUUAGCUGUGGAGUAUUGUCACAAGGCACUAGAUAAGGAGCGACAAGAUCCCUUUACUAUUCAGUUGUUAGAGAUGAGUCUCACUGCCCUCGCAGGAAAUGAAGACAGAUCAGAUGAUGAGGAGAUAGAAGCGGAGGAGAUAAAAGAGCACAAACUGUUAGCAGCCAUGACGCCAACUGUGUUUUGAACCUCUUUCACUCUCACGCAGUCAUAUCUCACCUUAUAUGGUGGUGUUACUACGGUUACUAUGGUUAUAAUAUGGUGGUGUUAGUGUGUUACUAUGAUAACUGUGGUGUUACUUAGAUGGUAACAAUACCUCGUACGGUAGUGUUUCGAGCAACCUCACUCAGUCAUAUCACAUCCAACUGAGAGAAAAUCACAAGUUUAAAUAAUGAGGGGGCGUUUGAACAGUUACUAUUUGGACCGAGAGUUUUCCAUGUUACUUUCUAUGACAGCUGGCUGUUUUUUUGUAGGUCUUUAUAUGUUUUUAAAUAAAAAGUUUCCGCAAGUGACACUGAAUUUCUAUGGUUUUCAAUAUUGUUUUUAUCAGAAUAUUGCCAAUUUUAUUAAGAUUAUGUUCAUAUGAUAACAGUUUGUUUGUAUUUAUUUGAAUUGGUAAUAUUAUAUUUAAAUUAUAAAUAUGAUAUGGUAUUUGAAGAUUUUAUGCACUCUAAACUCUUAUUAUUGUUAUUGGAGGAUAUGAUUUUAGCUCUAUCAAAUUUUGAAAUUUAUCCACAGUUCUAAAAGAAAUAUUUAAAUUAGUCUUCAGAAAACUUGCAAGGAUUUUCUGAUCAAUUCCUUUAUUCUAGUAACAGCUGGUAUGAUCAGAACUAACUUGCAACCCCUCUAUAGGUGUUGGAUGUUACCUCAUCUUAUAAGAUAGUUGUCCCACUCAAUGUUACGGCGCAAAAGUUCUGAGGAGUUGAGCAAUCUUUCGCGUAACUCCUCUGCUGGCAGCUCAUCUGACAUGCUGCGCUCUACAUCCCUCGUGAACCUCAUCACGGGAAAGGAAGGACCACUGGAGGAUGACGACGCGUUUACCCGCCUCAAAUCUCAAAAGGACACUGUGUUACUGCUGGUAGAUGGGGUGAGGUUUCUGUUGAAGCGCAAGACUCUUCUCUCACAUCCGGAGACUAUGUUGGGAGGAAUGUUCGGGGAGAACAUGGAGCGGUUUACCAAGGAGAACGGAGAUGGAGAAUUCAAGAUAGACAGUGUUUCUCCGGAGAUAUUCAGAGCUAUAUUAGGGUAUUACGUGAACGGAGAGAUUAAAGUUCCUUAUGAUCUGAAUAUGUACGAGAUCAAGGAAGCGUGUGAUUUCUUCCUCAUCCCCUUCAACACCACUACUGUCGUAUCAGAGAACCUCAGUGCUUUCAUGAACGAGCUCUCUAACGAUGGUUCUCGGAGAAAGUUCGAGAGUUUCCUCCAGACUGAUAUAGUGCCCGGCAUGGCAGAGGCAGCAAUGAAGGGGGAGAGGGAGUGUCACAUAGUGUGUUUAAAAGAUGAUGAUAUCGUAGACUGGGACCCCGAGUACCCCCCUGCUGUGGGGGAAGACAGACUCUCUGUAGUGAAGAAUAACGAGAUUAGUCGCUUUCUCAAGUAUAUAGAGAACAGGGAGGUUGCUAAGACAGUGCUCCAGGAGAAGGGGCUGAAGAAGAUCAGACUGGGAAUAGAAGGGUUCCCCACCCAUAAAGACAAAGUUAAAGUUACCCAGGUAAAACCCAGGGGUGGUAUCCAGGUAACCUAUUUCUACGUUCAGCGCCCCUUCAUAGUGAUGAGCUGGGAGAAAGAGGAACACAGAUCACGACACGUGGACUUUGCUAACGUCUCCACAUCGUGUCAGUCACACAGAUCUGUAAACUCAGACGAGACAGUCAACCUUCCUCCGCAGAACCUCAAUGCAGUAGAUGAGAUAGAGUUAGUAGAACAGAGAGAUCAGGAGAUAUGAUAUAGAGUUAGUAGAACAGAGAGAUCAGGAGAUAUGAGAUAGAGUUAGUAGAACAGGAGAUAUGAAGUGUAUUAUCACGAGAUAAAUGUGAGGAGAGAAGCAAAUUAAAGAGCAGUUAUAUGAAAGAAAUGGAAAAUACCAGUACGUGCAGUACUCGCCAGUAUAGUACUUGAAUAUAUUGGGAUGUUAUAGUUGUCUUGUUUCUUACAUUUUCUGGAGGUUCUUAUUUUCUACAAUUUUAACGCUGUAGAGCCCUGUUUUUCUAGUAGGUUGUUUGUUUUAACUAUAGUUGUAUUUGGAAUAGAAAGGAAGCUUUUAAUUAAUACCAACUGGAUAAGUCGGCUUAGUAUUCAUUAAAUUUGAUCCCUCUAUCCCAAAUACAAACAUAGUGGAUGUUAUAUUCAAAGAUAAUCGAUAGAGCAACGAUUAUUGAGAAAGUUGCGUUUUAAUUUAAAGGAUUAAAGAGUUUGAAAUAUUUUUAUGCGAGUUAGAAAUUUAAGAUUUUAUUCAUGAAUGGGUAAUAAUUCUAUUUGUAUACUGUAUUUAAUGCAUCGUCCAUGGUCUCACAAAAUGUUUUAAAGAUCAUACCUAUGAUCAGUUAUGUGAAGAAAAUACCAACAUUUAAAUUAUAAAACUUUCAGUAAUUUUCAAUCCAUCAAUUUUCACAGAUUUUUGCAAUUUCGAGUCAAAUACUUGCAUGUUGUUGUAAAAUUGUUAUGCUGACCCAUAUUUCAAUCAUAUGAUGUCGAUGACAUUUGUUCCUAAA